ACAACAACCUCCAUAAUUGACUUUUAUUCAAUAGGAACUACGCUUCGCUCAUUUAUAAAUAUAUAUAACGUUUCACUGCACAUUAUUACCGAAAAUAUAUACACUUUGUUGUAUACACGUUAGUUCGUGUUACACGUGAUGCUGUAGUUGUGUUGUAGCAGCUGUUUUGAAGCGAUGUUUUACAAGAACACGGCUCUCGUGGGUCUGAUCACAGUGACGGUCGCCACAGCCGCUGCCUAUGUUUUGUGGGGUCCACCACACAAGAAGAAGAGCCGCAAAAAAGAUUAUGCUCCUGGUUUAGAGAAUCUUGGAAAUACAUGUUUCCUUAACGCUGUUCUGCAAGCUUUGGCGCCAUGCCAAAGUAUUCUUGAUUGGCUUAGUAAAAUUCUGCUUCGAAAGCAUAUGAACAAGACAGAAAACUACCUUGCUUAUACAAUGUUGAAGACCCUCAAAGUUUUGACAAACAAGACUUUCCACGACAAGGAGACAUUUUGUCCCAGUGAAGUCCUCAAUGCUCUUCGAUCUCGAUGGGUUAUUCCUGAUGAUGAACAGGAUGCACAUGAACUUUUUCAUGCCUUAACUCAGACGCUUGCUGAAGAAACUGGUCACUACCCUAAAGUUUUAUCUCUUUUCGAUGUAUCUGCUUUACAGAGCCCAGAUAAUGAAUACCAAACUUGCAAAUCAGCUGUAACUCGCAGUAAAGGAUUAUUGCCAGUUUUACCACGAGAUACAGAUCAUCCAUUCCGUGGACACUUUGCCAGCCAGCUUACUUGUCAGUCUUGUGCUUAUUGUUAUCCAGUUAAAUAUGAUUUGUUUGACAGUCUGUCACUUAAUAUUCCGGAAAGUCAUUGGGGGCCUCUUUCCUUAGAAAUGCUACUACAAAAGUUUAUAACUAGUGAAACAGUGUUCAAUGUCGAUUGUCCAGGAUGUACAAAUAAAUCAGACAUCAGCCAGACGAAAGUAAUACAGUCAAACUUUCUGAAGAAACUAAGUAUUGGAAAAUUACCACAGUGUUUAUGCCUGCAUAUUCCCAGAACACAUUGGUUAAACAACAAUGUUCCAGUCAAACGAUUUGAACGAAUAUCUUUUCCUGAAACUCUUCAAAUGGAUGAAUUUAUUUACAUGGGUGUUGGUUCUGCUGGUGAGAAGGACCGCAAGAACUGGUUGUUUGGAGGCAGAGCUUCUAAUGUCAAUCGAUCACUAACCAGACUAACAUCAUCAUCAGCAGCUGUAAACUUACUACGAGCCUUAAAUCACCAUUCACAGACCACUAUGAAUGAAUUUCUGGCGACGCCUACAUUGCAAAGUGCCAUGUAUUCCAAUGUGCAAACAGAUGUCAACCAAAAUGGCCCUAAUCCACCUAAAUAUGACCUGAGUGCGCACACUUACAGACUUAUUGCCGUGAUUGAACACAUUGGAGACGUAGUGAGCGGUCAUUUUGUUUCAUACAGACGUUGUCCCACAUGCAAGUCAGGAGAGAAGCACAGUGAUAAAUGGCUUUUCACCUCUGACACAGUUGUGAAAAAAGUCAGUCUGACUCAAGUAUUGAACUCUGAAGCAUAUAUGUUAUUUUACGAGAAGGUUUGAUCGGUGUACUUUGGACACAUUUUUUGCACCAUUAUUCAGCAGUAUCUGCAGUUGAGAGCACACACACACACACUCACACACAAACACACACACAUGGUAUUCAACUCUGUAGGAGGAUGUAGAAUAUUUUAAAUUAUCUUAUUUUCUGAAUGUACUGUAAAUGACAUUUAAUUGCACAUUCAUUAGUGUACGUUGUAGCAGACUGAAUGAAUACGGUGCUGAUUUGCAUUGCGUUAGGAUACAUGGUUCAUAUCCAACAUUAGUACUGACGUUGUCUCUAAUAAUUCUAUAUCAUCCAGUUCAUUGCUAGAACUAGCAAGAUCACUGUAAAUGAGGAACAUUGGAAUACUGAGCUCAGAUCGUCCCAAGGGCCUGAGGAAGAGGCAUUGGGAAAAAUGGCUCAGACCAACCCAGUAUUAAUUGAUAACAAAGCAGUCUUCACAUGGUGCUCCAGGAUUCUUCUUAUACUUUGUUUUCACAAUAAGGAAUGCCAUCAGUGCAGUUACUGAUAAGAUUCCAUCCUUUCAACUGAAGUGUGAGUGAGAGAGAAUUUUCAUUGUAUUUAAUGUGGGUGGUUGAUGUAAAUUGAGCAUGUUAAAACAAAAAAAAAAACCAUAUCUGGACUUUUUAACAGUUGCUGCUUUACCAUGUUACCAUUUUCUUUUUUAAAUGAAUUCUUAAAAUGACUAUUUAGAUACUUGAAGACUGAAAAAUAUGAUUAAAAAUCAUGGGAAAUUCUUUACAUAAAAGAAAGCUUUAUUGAUGUUGUCAUACAAAAUGCCCAGAUAUACAGAACCCAAAGUACCAGAAUUCUCUAAGUUUUCUUCUACUUUUGGCUGGAAUCCUGUUCAUUAAUUUGGGCUUUAAUUCCCACCAGGAACUCUUUAAAAUGUUGCUAUUUCUUUUGUAGAAAUUGUUGGUUUUAUUAAAACCAGAAAUCAAGAAAUAAAAAAUUGAUAUCUCCAAAUGUU